AUGCCUAAAAAUUUAAAGCAAACAAAAAAUAAACGUAUUAAACCUUUUAUUAUUGGUUCAAAUAACGAUUCCAUGUUGAAUAUAGAAACCAGUUCCAAUAUUGUUCUUAAGCCGAGAUUCCCUCCUAAUUUGACAACAGACGAACUCAUUAAGAAUGCUAUUAAAUCCAACGCAUCAAACAACAGUAAGGUUAAAACGCUCCCAAACGCUUUUAUCGCUUACAGAAUGGAAUUACAAAAGGAAUAUUAUAAGAAUACCAUUAAAUUACCUCAAUGGGAAGCUAGAUCUUUGUAUGAACAAAACACUUUUCAAAUCAUAUUUGAUAAACAUAUGAAUGAAGUUGAAAAUGACCAAGGAAACGGGCAGGUUACACCUUUGCAUGCGACAGGUGAAAUAUUUGCAGCAGAUUUGGGUUAUGCCAAUAGUACCAAAACUAAAGAUGUUGAGACUAUGAUCGAUGCGCAAAAUUCGUCAAAUGGAUUUCUUAAGAUUGUGGAUUCUACUGUCGAUGCUAUGGAUUCUUGUUUUAAUAAUGGUUCGACUAGCAUUUCUCAAGUUGAAACUUAUCCCGAUCAUAACUUUUUAGAAGAUCCUAACGAUCAUGAGUAUAAGCAAAUGCUGGCAUGGAAUAACAUUGCAAAAGCUCCUUACGCCAAAACCGAGUGGUUAUUACAUCAUUUCGGAAAAACCCAUGUAUUUCUCGGAAUUAGGUUUGGCACAACUUUUAUAAAUGAGAACGUUUGUCAAACCUUAAUAUAUAGUAUUAACGCAUUAUGGAAGACAAGAUCCAGCAUUGACCGAAAUGAAACUCGAAUACAACGUAAUACAGUCAGGGAGAUUACCGUUUAUGGUUAUUACCAAAUACUGUUAAUGAUCGACGUUCCAGAACGAUCGACAAAC